GUGUCGCACAACUACUAUGAUACGGACACCAGUUUUUCAUCUACGUUAUGGAAAUCGAUGGGCUCCCAGUUUCGAGCCGUUCGGCAUGACCCCAACGUGAGGGCUGUUAUCUUAUGUUCUAACACUCGGGCCUUCACCGCUGGUCUAGAUUUGAAACAGGACGGACUUUCCAUAGUGGUUAGCAACGGCAGUGAUCCUGCUCGGUCAGCGCUUAUGUUACGUGAUCAUGUUCUCGAGUUCCAGGCCGCCAUCUCGACCAUCGAGGAGUGUGAAAGACCUGUGAUUGCUGCGAUUCACGGGGUUUGCUACGGGCUUGGAAUCGACAUCGUGUCAGCUUGUGAUAUUCGGAUAUGCUCCAAGUCAACCAGAUUCAGUAUCAAGGAGGUAGAUGCAAGCAUUGCAGCAGACAUUGGUACACUACAACGGCUCCCCAAGUCGACAGGCAAAGAUUCGCUGCUACGUGAACUGGCACUGACAGCACGCGAGUUUGGGGCGCCGGAAGCGAUUGAGCUUGGAAUCGUAUCCAAGAGUCAAGUCGUUGAAGGUGGUAAGGAGGAAGUGUGGCUCAAAGCCGAGGAGCUUGGUCGCAUGAUUGCAGCUAAAUCUCCUGUAGCCACCUUAGGUACCAAACAUCUACUGAACUAUUCUCGUGAUCACAGUACACGAGAUGGACUUGAUUACACUGCUUUAUGGAGUGCAAGCACUCUGCAAGCCCAAGAUGUUAAGGACUCUAUCCAAGCGAGGCUCUCGAAAAAUAAUUUGGUACACUUUAAGCCUUUAGGAAAGCUUUAG